GGUAUUUGCUUUUCCCUUGGUAUGGAAGCCAGGAUCCAUUCUUCUUUGUCAAGCUCAUUUCAAGAAUGUAGCACCUCUGAGUCUUUGUUAUAUACUCACCAUAUUUCGCAGUAGCUGCCUGUAGACUCUCCAGCCCAGACUUUCAGCAUCUUCAGUACAGAGACCAUUCUUUUUAGGAUCUAACAGGCUUGCCUGAACCUGGAAGGGGCAACAGAUUUUAAAUGGGUAAAUGAGUAAUUACUUUAAAAAUGCAAAGCAAGUACUAGCUGGGGGCCAGGCAUGCUGGUAAUAUGCCUUUAGGCCUGCCACUCAUGUUCUCCUACAGUUAGACAAGUCCCACAGUCAGUCUCCUUGAAAAAUGCCCUGGAAGAAUAUCCAGAAUGUUUGACCUUAUGUUAGGGAAUAGCCCAACCAAGUUAACCAUCACUAAUUGAAAUUCAUACAAUGAAUAUUAUUGAGCACCUAAUAUGCAUUCAGAUACUAUAUUAAGUUCCAAAGAUAGAUCAGGGAAUAGUUAUUGUCUCUUCUUGAAAAAGAAUGGAAACUUCCAAUCAAUAAAUAAGUAUGGGUUGUGGCUGAUAAUGGCAUCACAGGGUUGAGUAGUGGUGUCUACUUAACCCUAAUCUAAAUAUGCUAAUUGGACAUUGACUGUUGCUAUAGCUUAUGAUAAGCCACUGGUAAAAUAUUAAAAAUUUACUAAUUUAUUAAAGCUUAUCAAUCAGAAUAACUUUAAAUAGCAGUUGUUUUUUCAGAUAGCUAUUGGAACUGUUUGUAUUCUAUUUUUCUGGUUUUGUUGCAUUCAUUUAUAGUGAAUUACAGAAAUAGCAUUUUAAUUUUGAAACAGUGUAAAAAGCUAUGCUCAUUGUAUUAUUUGGUCAUGCUUAAUUAAUUGGUAUGGUAAUUGAUUUAGACAUUGGUUUUUUUUCUCAUUUUUUUUACUUCUUGAGACUUUUAUAUCAUGUGGUUAUUUAUGUUUUAAUUUCUUUUUUCUUUUUCUUUUCUCUUUUUUUAAGACAUGGGCUUACUAGAUAAUUAUGGUUGGCUUGGAAUUCUAUGUAUAGCAAAAUGGCUUCAAACUCAUAGAGUUCCUUUUACCUGCCUCUGCCUCCUGACUGCUGGGAUUAAAGGAGUGGGCCACCAUGCCUGGUCUUGACUUAGGACAUUUUAAACUACUCACAGAGCAAAUCUGGCCCACUACCCAUCUUCCAUAGCUUCUAAGCUAAGAAUAAUUUUAACGUCUUAAGUGGUUGAAAUCAUCAAAACAAAUUAUAUUCCAGUACAUGCAGAACUCAAAUUUUGGUUCACAAAUAAAGGUUUUAUAUUAGUUUCCUAUUACUUCUGUGACAACAACUUGUGUUGUUACAAUUCUGGAAGUCACAGUCUGAGAUCUGGAGUGGGGCAUUUGCCUUUUUUUCUUCUAAUGCUGCAUUCCUAACAUUUCUUGCCUUGGGAACCAUUCUCCAUCUUCCUAGCCUACAGCCUAAUGUCUUAAAGUCUUGCCCUGCUUCUUUGACCACAGCAAUCUCUGAAUACUGUAGCAGUAUGAUUCACAGGCUGGUAAAUGGAUACAUAAAACUGUUUAAUGGGAUUCAGCAAUAGAAAUGAGUUGGUGAGAAGAAGCAGAGUACAUUUGCACAUUCUAAGUGCAAGAUGACAGAUCAAAGCUAUCAGCCCAUGACUCCAUUUAUGUGAACUAUCCAGAAAAGGUAAAUCUGUAGACACAAAUCAUGUUGGGGGUUGUCUGGUGUUAAAGGUAGGAAAGAAGAGUAGCAAGUUUCUUCUAGAAAUGAUAUGUGCUUAGAAUUUGAUGAUGGCUGCAAAUAAUUGUAUAAUUACUAGAAGUCAUCAAAUUGUAUACUUUAAUUGAAACUUAGGACAUGCAAAUAGAGUAAAUAAAGCAUAACUAGAAUAGCAGACAGGAACUAGCAAUGUAGCAUAGUGGUAGACUGCAUGGACAAAGCCUGGGGUUCCAUCCCCAACAAUCCAAAGAAGUGAGGAGAGAGACUGGGGGAAGAAAAGGGGGAGGGAAGAAAGGAAGGAAGAUUAGCGACAAUAAGGAAAUAUUAACUAAAAGUAUUAAGACUGUAACUUGAGAAAGCACUUGUGAUAAAUGGCUUUCAGCUAAUUGCAUUUUAGUAUGUACUGUGCCAGAAAAGAGGACAGUGAGGAACCUGCCUGACUCCAUUUAAAGGCAGGAGCCAUUAUGCUGUAUUUUUGAAAAUAAGUUUCUACUUACUGUGAGAGUUGAGUAGCUCUAUUUUCUGGAACCUGACCUUCCCCAACCCAUGACCUUGAUUUGUUUUUGGGAAUACCUUGACUCUCCCUGACCCCUCUUAAUCACAUGGUGGGUGAUCACAUGAUUUUUUUUUUAAGUUUUUUUUUAAUUCCUUAUUGCCCCAUUGUCUCUCUUCUUUAAGACUGUUUGUGAUUUUACUCCUUAAAAGGAGCCCAAAAGAUGGACUCUGGGCAUAACCUGACUUAGGAGGCAGUCGCUGGCCAGCUCUUGGGUGCACCGGAUAAAAAUCAAGCUUGCUUCAAAUUUGUCUCAAACUAUGGUAGUGGUCUUAUUCUCGAAGUUGGGAUUAACACAGGUACCAGAGAGGGAUUCAUUCAUUUAGGAAACAUUUGCUAGACUUUAUCCUACACCAGGAGAUUCAGUCAAAUACACAUACACAUUCUCUGUCUGUCUGUCUGUCGUCUCGCCCCGCAACCUUUUCUUCAUUAAGGGAAGUUUAAACUUUGAAAAGUCUCCCUGAAAACACACACACACACACACACACACACACACACACACACACACACACACACACACAAAGAAAAAACAGGAAAAGACAUAUGAGUGAAGUCCUAAGUAAAAGGUGUAAUCUGAUGAGCUGAACAGUAAAAGCUCUGCAGUGGGGCCGGCUUUGAUAGGUUUGGGGUGAGAUAUCAAAGCCCAGAAGCCUGGGACCUUUUGACCCACGGAAAGAGCCGGAUUCGGUUCGGCUCUGAAGAGGGAGGUACAGAUGGACUUUGGGAGGGACUGGGGGAUGGGACCUGUAACCUCAGGGCCAUGCAGCUGCUGUGAUGACACACUAAGUGAUGGGCACAAAGGUGGUAGCAACACACCCUUCGGGUGACCAGUACAUAAGGCAGUGUUAAUGAUGGAGCCUUAGCCCAGCUUGGCACAGGUGAGAAGCAUCCAACCUUUUGACACUGUGUUCUGACUUUGCCCUAUACAAAGCUCACACCGAACCACGCAGUGAAGUUGUCAAAAGGAAAUUAAGUCGCAAAAAAUUUAAUUAAUUAAUUAAUUAGAAAAUAUGUUUAAGUGCACGAUUUUGUGUUGGAUCACAUGCAUAGCUGUUUUGUGGCAUGCGGCAGCGGGGUAGGCGCGCCUGAAAACCAAAAGGAUAAGGAAUCCAUGGCGGGUUGAGAGGAAGGCGCUAGUCAGAGUUGACUCCAUGUCUUCUGAAGGGACGAUCGGACCGGAAGAGGCCAAGGUGGUGACCGGAGCGGCUUUCCCGCGCUGCUCGGCUGCACCAGCGCACUGACUCCGGUUUCAGGAUCACAGCCCUCGAGAGGCGGGGCCGAGCUCAGGAAAGCAGAAAACUCUCCUUCCCGGCGUGCCUAGCGGCGCGCCCCACGAGCCGGGGGGGUGGAGCCCGCGCGCGCGUGCGCAGUAGCGCACCGCGCUGACGGGGGUGGCAAGGCGGUCGCUUCGAGCGUGUUAGUUCGCUCCCUGAAGAGAGUGAGGACGGUUGCGCUCCCGCGGUCUCGUGCGUUCGCUGGGAGAUGCCCUUUGCUUCUUGGAUGUAAUGCACUUUAUGUUUAUUAUUCAUCAGUGAAAAUGAGUCAUACAGAGGUUAAAUUAAAAAUACCUUUUGGAAAUAAAUUACUGGAUGCCGUUUGUUUGGUACCUAACAAGAACAUAGCAUAUGGAAUAAUUCUUACACAUGGAGCAUCAGGAGAUAUGAAUCUUCCUCAUUUGAUGUCACUGGCAUCCCAUCUUGCAUCUCAUGGAUUUUUCUGCCUAAGAUUUACUUGCAAAGGCCUUAAUAUUGUACAUAGGAUUAAGGCAUAUAAAGCAGUUUUGAAUUACCUAAAGACCUCAGGAGAAUACAAACUUGCUGGUGUUUUUCUUGGAGGCCGUUCAAUGGGCUCGAGAGCAGCUGCUUCUGUAAUGUGUCACAAUGAGCCAGAUGACAGUGAUGAUUUUGUUCGAGGUCUCAUUUGUAUUUCUUACCCACUGCACCAUCCAAAGCAGCAACAGAAACUCAGAGACGAAGAUCUCUUUCGUAUAAAGGAUCCUGUACUGUUUGUGUCUGGCUCAGCAGAUGAAAUGUGUGAAAAGAACUUGUUGGAGAAAGUGGCACAGAAAAUGCAAGCUCCCAGUAAAAUCCAUUGGAUUGAAAAGGCAAAUCAUUCUAUGGCAGUGAAAGGACGGUCAACAAAUGAUGUUUUCAAGGAAAUAAAUACACAGAUCUUGUUUUGGAUCCAAGAAAUCACUGAAAUGGACAAGAAAUAAUUGUCAUUAAAAACCAUGUUAUUUUGAAUAAAAGUACAGUUAAUUUGAUAAAGAACAAUAUACCUCUCAGCAUUGUGAGAUGUAUUUCAGACUAAUGUUCUUUAAUGUUGCCCUAUUUUUGAAACAUGGUAUUGUGAAAAUAUCCUUUCCAAGAUGUCUUUUGAAAGCACUGUUAUAGUUAUAUGAAGAUAAUGUACAAAUGUUGAAGUUGUCUAUAAUUUAUUUUCAUUAGUAUAGUUAAGUUUUGAAAAAUUAAACAUUUGCAUUUUGUUACAA